AUGUUUAUUAUUAUUAUUACAUUGAUACAAUUAAUAUUGACCUAAAACAUAAACGAUUAUAUAUUUUCCCCAUUUCCUGUAAAAGAACAUUAAAUAAGCUAAUAUUAAGCGGCAUCUACCCGAGUUAAAAUUGGUAAAAAUAGCAACUUGGUAUUUGUUUCUUGUGGAUAUGGAGGAAUUAUGAUUAUUGAUUAAACCACAAAUUAAUUAAUAUAUAACUAACCUUCUUCCGAAUUUUUACAUAGUCUUGAAGUUACAUCAGAUGGAUAAUAUAUUUAUAUGUCAUAUUAGCAAAAAUUUAGCGUAUUUAAAUUUAAUAAGGAAUAAAUAGCCCUUAAUUUUAUAACAAGUAUUGAUUUUUACCCAUAAAGUACUAUAACAGAUAUUGUUUUAGAAAAAAAAGAAGAAAUCAUAUUUGUUGUGGGAUUAAAUGGCGCAGUAAUGUGUUAUUAUGUAGGAAUUAAAAGCGAAAUUAAAUAUUUAGCUUAAUUUAAUACUAAAUCAAAUAUAAUACAUAUGGUAACAGUUUCUGAAGAUGGCCAAUGGAUUUUUUUAGGAGAUGAUUUAAAUGGUUUAAUGGUUUUAAAAUUAUUAUAAAUUGAAUAAUUUUAGUUUACAUUUGUAAAGGCAGCUUAAGGAUUUACCAAGUGGAAAACCUGGGCCGUGAAAAUAACUAAAGAUAAGAAAUAUGCAUAUUGUUUAGACAAUUGGAAUGGGAUUUUUAUUGCUAAUUUAUCUUUUUUAUACUCUUUAAAUGAAGAAAAUUUUCCUUAAUAGAUUAUUUUUAAUGAAAGAUUUUGGCCUUUUUUAGAAAUAAAUCCUUCUGUAUAUUCUUUGUGGAUUAAUCAAAAAGAGAAUUUAUUGUUAGUUGGAGUUAGGUCUUAAGGAAUAUUUAUUUUUGAUAUUUAAAAUAAAGAUGAACAGCCGAUAUUUGUUUAUUAAAUUCAAGUUGAAGCUCAUGCUUUUGAUAUUACUAUGUCUUCUUCAGAAGAUAAAAUAUAUUUCGUAAAUGCAAAAAGUGUCUAUAUUUUUUAAAAAUCGAUUCCAAAUCUAAAUUAAAAUUUUCCUAAUUUAUUCAAUACACAUUAAGUUAAUAUUACCUCUUUUUCAGAUAGUUUUUAUAAAUGGAGAUGCUAUGUAGAUGCUUAGACUAGAUUUUUUUUCGGAGCUUUUGAUGACAAAGGCCUUUUUGUAUUAUCUAUAGAAAAUAAAGACAUUAAUAAAAUGAAAAUUAUACAAAAUAUAAAAUUUGAACCUGCCACACUUGUAGAUUCUUUAAUUUUUUAUGAAGAAGAAAAUCUCUUAUAUGUUCCUGUUUAAGAAAACAAUUCAGUAAUAUAUACAUUUGAUGUUUCUAAUAUGAACGAACCAAUAAUUAUCGAUAAAUUAUGGGUUGAAUCUCCUUAGCAUGCAGAACAUAUAGUUUUUAGUAAAGAUAAAAAUUAUAUUGUUAUAUCUUUCGAUGAUAGUGUUUUGUAUGUAAAUGCUAGAAAUAAAAAGAAACUAGAAACUCUUUGUAGAUGGAUUAAAUAACCCGAAAUGACAGGAGAGAACGCAGGAGCUUUUUCGACAAAUAACAAUUAAUUUAUAAUAGGUACAGUUAGAAAUUAUGGAAUAUACAUACUCGAUGUUGAAAUUCCAUAAAAACCAGUUUUAGUAAAUUAAAUGUAAACUCUAGGAGCUGAAGGUAUUAUAAGGAGCUUUAAAAACGAUAAUGUGGCAUAUUUAUAUGAUGGCUUUAAGGGUAUUAUUAUCCUUGAUUUAUCUAAAUUGCCUGAAAUAUAGAUUUUUUCAAGGAUUAAUACAUCCGGUUGGGCAAAUUUAGUGACUUCGAUUUUAAACGAGGAUUUUUUGAUAAUUUCUACUAUGGAAUCUGGAAUGAUUAGUUUAGUGGACAUUCGUGAAAUUAAACAGCCGAAAAUCAUCAGUAAAUUUUAAAUAGGAAAAUAAUCUUCACAAUCACAUUGCUUAACAUAAGAAUUAACAUAUAUGCUGAUAAAUAAUGACUUAGGAACAGCAAUUUUGCCUAUAAAAAAUAAUAUUUUAUUACACACAGAAAUCCGUAUUUUGUAAAAAGAAGGAAACUCGACAAGUAUUAGUGGAGAAGAUCGAAUUCUUAUUGGAUAAUAGGCAGAAUUUUCUUUUAUGGUCAUUUAUCCAGAAGAGGGAGUGUAAAUUUAGAAUAUUUUUUAUUAUUAAAAUUAUGAAAUUAAAGCUAUUCCCUUCUGGAUGACUUUUAAUAGAAUUUCCAAAAGUCUUCUUUUGAAUGUAGUAAAAGAUGCGUUAGGAAAUUCAGAAAAUAAAGAAAAUUUAAAUACAAUCUUAGUUUAGAUAAGCGUCCCUAUAUAGGAAAGUGCAUUUAUAGAUGAAGAUUUAAAAAUUAAUAUAGAUACAAGUUUAGAAAUACAUCAAAUUUUAAAAGAAAAAGGAAUCAUAUCUCCCUAAAAUUAUUUGGAUUCUUUAGAUUCUCUAACUGCUUAAACAAUUCAAAAUAUAGCAAAUGAAAAAAUUCUAGAUUAAAUUCGCUUUUUCGAGUUAAUAAAAAUAAAACUUUAAAAAAGCAAAAGCAUGAACCCUGUUUUGUUUGAAGUAAAAGCAUCUUUAUAAUUCAAUACAAGUAAUACUUCAUAAUAUAUAAGUAGCAUUUCUGAAAAACUAAACGUCUAUCUUACUAUUGAUAAAGAAAUUGGAAAGUUUGUAUUAAUAAAUUACCCUAAUGUAAUCAUAUCAGCGACUGAUUCGUAAGAUUAAUUAAAAUUAGAAGGAAAUUUAGUUAGUAUAAACAAAGUUUUUGAAUAGAAAAUAACCUAUUCAUUAAAAGAUAAAAAUUUCAAUGGCAAUAAUGAAAUAGAAAUUUUAAUUUAAGACAAUAUAAAUUUUGAUAUAAAGCAAAAAUAUCUCAUAAAUGAGUGUAAUUUUAUAAAACUUAAUUUUGAAGUGGUUUUAAACCAAACUAAAACACUAUAAAGUCAAAUAAAUAAAGUUUUUUCAAAAUCAAUCGUUCCUAUAGAGACUGACCUCGUCAUAGAAUUUGAAAAAAACACUUUUAUAGACAAAGAUACUCCCAAAUUAUUUUAUUCAGCCUUUGUUUUACAAGGAAAUCAGUUUUAAGUGUUAUAAACCGAUUUCUGGUUACAAUUUGAUGCAGAUUAGUUAAAAUUUAGAGGAAAAGCACCUGCAAAUUAUCUGUAUGAAAAAUUCACAUUUAAAGUUUUGGCUUCUGAUGGUUAUUCAGAAGCUUUUGAUACUUUUAUUUUAAGAGUAGAAAGCCUUCCAUUUAUUUUUAUUUUAGACUAUUUAAUUAAGAUUUUUGGACCAAUUAUUGGCUUUUUUGGAAUUAUUAAAUAUAAAGCAAUUUUCUUGAAUAUUUUGCUAUUUAAAAGAGUUAUGUAUUCUUAAGAAAUAAUAAAUAUAAAUAAAAUGUAUCUUAAAAAAAUAAAUCUAAUAGGAGAUGAGGCAGAAAGAGCGUACUCCAUUUUCUAAUCUUUUCUAAGCAAUAACAAAGAUAAAAUGGGUAAAUAUACUGAACCCUUAAUACAUACGAUGUUAGAAAACACAUCCAUCUAAUCAACCCAAAAAGAAAAAAAAAUAAUAAAAAAACUGCACAAAAUAGACGAUGAAGACGAAGAUUAUGCACUAAAAAAUACCAUUGAAAUACUAAAAACACAAAAAUAAAUAUAAAAAAAAAGCAUAUUUAUCUUAUAAUAUAUCAAUUUAGAUGGUACUGUAAAUAUUUAGAAAGUAGUUUCUGAUAUACAAAGGCAAUAGACAGAGUAUAAAUAUAAAGGGAGAACUUUUACAGCUAAAAACCACACUUAAGAUUUCCAAAAUAAGCAUAAUAAAUUCAAUUUAUGUUUGAGGGCUUAAAUCGCAUAAUUUUUUAUUGAAAACGAUGUAAGAACUUAUGCUGUUUAUAAAUACUUGAAACAUUUUUCACUUAAAAACUUUUAAUAUACAUAAAAUGAUUGGUAUAAAAUGUAUGUAGAAAUUAUUGCUACAGAAGAACUUGAUAAAACAGGUUUACCAGUCCCUUUUCCUUAGGUUAAUAUUAAAGAUAAAGCUUUAGAUUUGGCUUUAAAUAAAGUAUGCUUUUAUUAUUAAAAAAUAGAAAAAAUAGAAAAAAUAGACAAAAGUGACUAAAAUAAGAAAAGUUUUCUCAAUAUAAACUUCUAAUUAUUAAAAAUAGUACUUAUAGCGGAUACUUUUGGUAUUUUAAGACAAUCAGCGCCUACUUUCAGGCCUUCUGUAGGUGAAUCGAUCCAUUUACAUUCACAUUAAAUAGCUUCUGUAGAAGCUUUCAAGUAAAUAAAGAAUUCUCACUGCAUGUUCUUGAGAAAACUAUUGUAUUUUGACUAUGUACAUUAUGGGACAUCGAAAAACAUCAAUUUACCGAAUUGGAUUGCAUUUGAUUAGAAAAAUGGAAUUAUUACACUUUAAGGAAUGCCAGAAAGUUAAGAUGUGGAUGAAAUUUUGAUUAGAAUUUUCGAUGAUGAAGAAUAAUGUAUUAGGCAGUUUAUUCUGAAAAUCGUAAACGAAUUUUAAGAAGAUGAUUAUGAAAAAAGUUUUUAAGAAAGACAAGAGGAAAAUUUUGUUGAAAAUAUAGGAGAAGAAUGCUAAAGUAGUCAUAAUAAUGUGAUUUAAUAAUUUAGUGGAGUCUUUAAAGGGAAUUUGAAUAAACAACUUGGGAUUUACCAAUUUUUUAAGAAUUUAACUUAUGUUUAUGGGAACAAUAAUUUAAACACAUGA